ACCCUUGGAAAAAAUGGCGGCACUCUUGUUGUUAGGCUUGGACAGCUCUGAGCUGUCCAAGUUAUCAAAAGAGGCCCAAAACAAACUCGACAAGAUUCUUUCCGAUCAACUUUAUGAAAUAGACACUCUUAAAGCCCAACGGGAACAAUUCAGAGUUGAUAGUGAGCAACAUUUCUUUGACAAGGUGAAAGAGCUGGCUCAGUGUCAAGAAGAUUUUCUCAGACAGAAGCAAGAGCACAGUCAAGUCAAAGAGGAGCUGGAGAAAAUUGCUGAUGAGCUCAAAAGUGUCCGUGAGGAGAAUCAACAAUAUGAAAAUGCUCAAGAGAAGUUGUUGUCAGAACAGACAACGCUUUCAAAAACUAAGGAAGAACUCGAGACACAAAAGCUUGAACUGGUGCGAACACUUGAGCGGAGAAGCUUGGAACUGCAGCAUUUAAAUGAUGACUUAAGGCAGAUGAGUGACAAGUUGGUGGAGAUUAGUGCUUCCAAAAUUUCUCAGCAGCUGAGGCUAGAUGAACUUGAGGCAGCGGAAGUCAACAUCAAAUACAAGGAAAAGCGGAUGGAACAAGAAAAGGAGUUGUUGCAGGGACAGACGUCUUGGCUGAAUGCAGAAUUGAAAGCCAAGAGUGAAGAACUUUUGAGCCUGUCACGGCAGAAGGGUAAUGAAAUCCUGGAACUGAAGUGCAACCUGGAGAAUAAAAAGGAUGAGUUAAGUAGAGUCCAUGAACAAGUGGCCAGUUUGAAAACAUUAAAUACAAAUCAACAAAAACAGAAUGAGGACCUAAUACAAAAACUGAAGGAGGCCAAGGAGCAACAGAGCACUGUCGAGGAAAAGUUCCAAAAUGAGCUAAAUGCCAACAUUAAGCUCGCCAAUUUAUAUAAGGGAGCAGCAGCUGAUUCUGAGGCCAAAAGUGAAGAGCUGAGUCGAGCUGUUGAGGAGUUGCAUAAACUGCUGCAAGAGGCAGGAGAAACAAAUAAAGCUCUUGAGGAGAAAUUGCAAGUAGCUAAUGCUGUUUCGGACAAGACUGUUUCUGAGUUGAAGGAAAGGAUUGAAGUGCUUGAGAAGGAGGUGGACAACGCUAAUGAGCUCUUAUCUAAUUCCAAACUGAGAGGUCCAUUUGGCACAUCUGUGCUCACUGAGGCACAAAUGACAACAGUGUCUCCAACCGCAGCUGCUGUGGCAAAGAUCAAACCUGGAAUGAAGCUGACCGAGUUGUAUUCUGCCUAUGUAGAAAGCCAGGAGCAGCUGCAGUUGGAGCGCCUGGAGAACAAGCGGGUCAACAAGUAUCUUGAUGACAUAGUGCAAGAAGUGGAAGCAAAGGGACCCAUUCUGAAACGGCAGAGGGAUGAGCAUGAGCGCAUGCAGAAAUCUGUGGCUAGUCUAUCGACCAAGCUGGAGCAGGCCUUAAAGGAGGUCCACCGCCUACAGAAUGAGGCUGACGAAGCCAACAAACAUUCCUCUCUUGUUGAACGGGACAAUAAAAGAUUUGAAUUGCAACUGGCAGACAUGGCUCGGCAGGUACGUGUGCUUCUUAUUGAACUCGAGGAGGCCCGUGGAAACCACGUGUUUGUUGAUGAGGAGCUGAGUUCGGGAGAUGUCAGUAGUACUUCAGAAGUAAUCAGUCAACACCUGGUGACCUUCCGGAGUGUGGAAGAGCUUCAAAAGCAGAAUCAACGUCUUCUGGUGGCCCUCAGAGAUCUCAGUGAUGCCCAAGAGAAAGAAGAGAUGGAAGCCUCUGACUACAAGCGCGGUGAAGUCGAGCAGAGUUUAGAGACCACUCUGGCUGAAGUGGAGUCUCUGAGGGAGCAACGCAGCCAGCACAUAAAGAUGACUGAGUCUAUCAUGAGGCAAAGGGACAUGUACCGUGUGCUUUUGGCUCAGGCAACAGGAGUGAGUUUCCCUCAGCAAGGUACAUCAACUGAGGAGCUCACCCUCAUGUCCACUCCCCGCCGUUCACCUGCAAGCACUCCCACAUCUGGGACACCCACUGCACUGGUCUCCAUGGCAACUGACUCCACUGAAGCAUUGGAGGCAAAGGCAGCCUUGCGACAGUUGCAGGAGGUGUUUUCCUCUUAUAAGAAAGAACAAGUGGAGAGUAACAAAGCGCUGACAGAGCAGAAUGACAAACUCCUCGAGCAGCUUUCCGACCUUCGUUCCCAGAAUGCCAAAACGGCAACACAGUUGGAGUUUGCCUCCAAGAGGUAUGAGAUGUUGCAGGACAAUGUUGAGGGCUACAGGAAGGAGAUCGCUUCCCUCAGAGAUAAAGAGCAGAAGAUGACCUCUGCCACACAGAAGAAUGAGCAUACAAUCAACACAUUAAAUGAGGAUCUGCGAGCUGCACAGGAAAAACUUGCAAUGGCCGAGGGUCUUGCUGAGGGUCUGCGUAAAGAGAGAGACAUGUUGAAACUAGUUGAGUCUAGGCUGAAUCAAGAGAAGGAUAUGAUCCUGAGUCAGCAACAGAGUCAAAACCUUCUGAUGACCAACCUUCAGGCUAUUCAGGCAACACUCGAGCGUUCAGACACUGAAACACGUCAACAUCUUAACAGCCAGAUAGAAAAGCAAGAGCGUGAGAUCUCUCAACUGCAGAAAAGGCUGGAGCAUGAGGUUGAAGAGCGACAUUUGCUCAGCAGAAAUCAAGAAAUCCAAGUCAUUGAAGCAAAGCGGCAACUGGAGACAGAGGUGGCUCUACAUCAGAAGACUAAAGACCUGCUGAAUGCUGCCGAGGUAGAACGAGACUCCCUCAGGAUGCAGCAAGGGAGCGGUGAACCUCAUAUCCUGGGCUCCCCCUCGAUGCCUAAAACUAGAGGCUUGCAAGUAUCACAUCAAGAGCGUGAGGAUCUUCAGGGACGCUUGCUGCAGGCUGAGACACGGGCAGAGCAGCUGUCUGAGAGCCUUAAAGCCGCCACUUCCAGCAUGGAGCAGUACAGAGCCAUGGCUCAGAGUCUGGAAGAGUCCUUGGACAAAGAGAAACAGGUGACGGAGCAGGCUCGUGCUUCCAUUAACACUCGUAUGAAGGAGGCUGAGCAGCAGCAUCACAGGCUUGAGGAGCAACUUCUGGAUGCUGAGAAAGAAAAACGGAAUAUGGAAGAACAAAAUAUGAAAGCCAUAGCCUCCUUGAAUGAGCAGUUGGACGGUCUUCGAAGGGAUUUGAGUAGCGCCCAGGCAGAACACCAAGCGGCAUUACAGCGUGUAUCAGUUGCUGAAGCCCAGCGGCUUCAGGCAUUACAAGACUGCCAAGAGCAGGCUAAGCUGGCAGCAGAAGCACAAGACAAAUAUGAGCAGGAGAUGAUACUUCAUGCAGCAGAUGUGAAGGCUAUGCAGGAUGCAAAGGCUCAGGCCUCACAAGCAGCUGAACUCAGACAUCAGCUAGAGGAGAGAUCCCAAAGAGUUACUGCUGAGCUUUUGGAGGCCAAGAUCUCUUGGGGUGAACAGGAGAAGAUCUUCAAGGAAGAGAUGUCCAAGAUAGAAAGCCGAUUUGAAGAGCUGCAAAAGCAGAACGUCCUCUUGCACGAACAGAUUCAGGCAAUGAGUAGCAAAAUGGCUGAGAAUUUGCAGCGUGCUGCAAGUGAUAAUCCACUGAACAUCUCCCUUACUGAAGAAGGAAAAUCUCAAGAACAAGUCCUUGAGAUUUUAAGGUUCGUGCGUCGCGAAAAAGAGAUUGCAGAGUCUCGUUAUGAGUUAGCUCAAGGGGAAAGUUUGCGCUACCGUCUGAGAGUUGAACACCUGGAACAAGAGCUAAAAGAGGUUCAGGACAGCCUGAGUGCUUCUCGGGAAAGGAUGCAGGUGACUGCAAAGACCCUGGCCCAGCAUGAUGACCUGAUGAAGAAGACAGAAACUAUGAGUAUCUUAAUGGAGACAAACAAGAUGCUGAGAGAUGAAAAGGAUAGAUUGGAGAAAGAACUGCAGCAAACCCAAGCUCAGGUACAAAAGCUGGAAUCUGAAGUUUUGCCACUAAAACAGGCAAAUACUGAGUUGAGUGAGAAGAGUGGCAUGCUGCAAAUGGAGAAAAAAAUACUGGACGAGGAGCUUAGGCGCUGGAAGGCUCGGACACAGCAACUGGUGUCUCAGCAAAAAGAUUCAGAUCCAGAUGAGUGCAAACGUCUAAAUUCUGAGAAGGAAAUGCACCUAAAACGUAUUCAGCAGCUCAUUGACGAGAACAACCGGAUCAAAGCGGAGGUUACCAGGACCACUAAUCUCACAGCAUCCCAGCAAAGCCAAAUACAAAACUUGCUUGAUAACUUGGGUAAUAUCACAGAGGAGAGAAAUUCACUCAAGGAAGAGGUUGCUACAAAGAGUCUUGAAAUCCAGGAGAAGGUAAAGACGAUUACCCAAGUGAAAAAACUUGGACGCCGCUACAAGAGUCAGUACGAUGAGCUCAAAGUAGAACACGACAAGAUUGUAUCUGUGGCUGCAGGCCCAUCCAAAGAGGAAGAGGCUCGUCAAACCUCAGUUCAGGAACUGCAGGGACUUAAAGACUCUCUUAGCCAGGCUGACACCAGGAUUAAAGAUCUUGAGAGUCAGCUGGAGAAUGUUAACAAAGUGGUUGCAGAACGCGAAAUUGAGGUGCAGAGUGCUCAGGAACAGUCAUCCAGACUGCAGACAGAACUGGGCAGGCUGAGACAAGAGCUGCAGGAGAAGGAGGACACACUGAAACAGCAGAUGGCAGACAAGGGGGAGAAAACCAGGAAGGCUAUUGUUUUUGCCAAGCAAAGGAUCAGCCAGCUUACAACUGCCAAAGACGAUUUGCUGAAGGAAAACGAGGAGCUGAAGCAGCGAUGUGAAAAGCUAAAGCAGCAAAAUGAGGAAUUAGACGUGCGUGUAAGCGCCCUAAAGUCUCAGUACGAAGGACGGUUUACUCGACAGGAGAGAGAACUGAGAGAACUGCGGGGUCAGCAAGAGAGACAAGAGCAAAGAGAUGAGCCUGCUGAGGCGGGUCCAAGCAAACCUCAGGAGCAACAGAGAAGCACAGAACAGAGACAGAUCAGUCUUAAGUCAACCCCAGCUGCAGACAGGGGCAGUGCCAGUACCUCUGAGCCACCGACUGCCAACAUAAAGCCAACACCUGUGGUAGCCACAGCCAGCAAACAAGCUGUCAACCCAGGGAAUAAACCUACUCCAAGGGCAAGCAUCAGGCCAAUGAUCACCCCAGCCCCUGUGCCCACUCCAACACCCACUGCUACUGUCAUGCCCACAACACAAGUUGAGACACAAGAAGCCAUGCAAGCUACAGAAGGUCCACCAGUAGAGCAUGUGACUGUGUAUGGGAGUGCCAGUGGUUCUGUGCGUUCAGCAAGCCCCAACAUCCAAACGACUUUGGCCAGCCCUAUGUUAACUGUGCAGCAAACCCAAACACAGGCCACCGCCUUUGUCCAGCCCACGCAACAGCAAACCGUCACCCAUGCAGAGCCAGUCAGUCAGGAGUUGCCACCUGUUGUAAUUGAGGCUACACCGAGCUCACAGGUGGAAUGGCCUUCAACAUCCUCCACCUCUGCUGUUUUUGGAACUGUUUCAGCGACACCUGGGUCAUCUUCCUCGGUGUCCAAAAGGGCACGUGAAGAAGACGAAAGUACGAGCACCAUGGUUACAGACACUGAGGCCCUUCAGGAGGAUUCCUCCAGGGCUCCCAUUCCGAAAAAGCUACGUUUUAUCCAGAGAGUAGGUCCAGAGGAAGAAAUGAUGGCGGAUGACAAUGCUGAGGCAGAAGGGGUGGUACCAACAGACAGUCAAGAGGCUGUAGAAGCCAGUCAGACUGAAGAGCUUGCAGCACUGGAUGAAGAUGAUGAGAGUGCAGCUUCUCAAUCUACCACCAUGCACCAAGAAGUUACUUUUGCACAGAGUGAAACUCCUGAGCAGCAGUUAGAAGUAAUAGUUAUAGUAACUGACACAGAGAGUGAGGAAAACCCAGAAGAAGGCGAUGAAGAGGAAGAUGAGCAGGAUUACGAUGAGGGCGAUGAAGAGGAAGAUGAGGAGGAGGAGGAGGACGAAGAUGACGAAGAAGAGGAGGAGGAGGAUGAUGGGGGAAUAGAGGGAGAGGAGAGUAACGAGGGCAGUGGAGAGGGCAACGAGGUCUACGAAGGAGAUGACACAGAGGGAGCUGAUGUAACUGACCCGGGGACAGAGACUGAGGAGAGUUUGGGGGCGUCCGACUCCACCCAGAGGCCUGCAGAUUCCCAGACGACCAGCUUCGAGGCCACGACAAUGGAAGCCUUCUCUACUGAACAACCCAUCACAAGCUCCGGUAUACGUAUGCCCCAAUCACCAAGGAGACCAGCACAUUCACUACCCCCAACUCAGAUGUCUCAGCGCAUCCCUGUUCGUCGCCAGUCGGUGGGAAGGGUCCCUCAGCUCUCUGGGGUCCCCAGUAGUGCUCAGCACCUCAUUGACGACGAGGACCGGAUGGUACCCAACGCUCCCACAUUGGUGGUGCCACACCGUUCGGAUAGUUUUGACCAGGCCGUUAAUUCUCCCCAAGUGUCUGCAAGUCGGACCUUCCGUUUUGGCCAAUCAGACGACGUGCCGCAGACAAGCUCAGAUCUCGGCCAGCUCGCAGCACAAGGAGGUCUAGGGAUGUUUGACAGCCCCUUGUUUCUAGCAUCUCAUGAAGAAGAGUCUGGCGGACGCAGUGUUCCUACCACACCACUACCACAAUUGGCAACAGUCUUCUCUGAGGUGGUUCCAUCAGACUCAGUAGAGCAGGCCUCUCAGUCGGUUCCCAUGGUGAGCACAUCCACUCCUGGCCUCCUUGCGCCAGGCACAGCCAGUACAAGCGAGGAAAGGGAUGACAUCUUCCUGGAGUCGGACCCUGAUAAUUCCAGGCCGAGUGCUGAGAGUUCGGUGGAUAUUGUGAUGUCACAGGAUGAUUUGGUGGAGCCCAGUCAGGCCUCUGACCCGGCCAGCUUACCGUCCACCAGCCAGGAGCCUUCAUCCAGCUCUGCAGAUACCAGCAGCGCUCCAGCAAGGGCCGCACCAAGCAGACAACUGCAGCGUUGGCCGGGGAACCGCGGUGGGCGUGCCAAGAGAGGAGGUCAAGCAUUUCCUUCUCGCGGAGUCUACGGCAGACGCAUCGCCAGAUGAAUCUUCCACAAAUUGAAAAUCCUGACAGAGCCUUCUCCAGUUGGUCUUGAUUUUGUUCACUUGUUAUAAAUAAAAAAUUUUUGCUUUUAUA